CAGAACCAACAUGUGGAUCCUUUUAUUUUCCUUCCUGCUAACUGCUGUUUCCCUACAUGGAAUCCAAAUUGAUUUCGAACGAUUCGAGCAACUGUCAGGAUUUAAUUUGUACAACAGUUCACUGCGCGUCCGUAAGUUUAAUCGAACGCUGGUAACGCUCAACGGUACGCUGGAGAUAGUGGCACCACUGAACAAAACCAUUAUGGUCUCGACGGACUUCUUUCACAGCAGCCGCGGCAAUCAGCAGUAUAAUCACCAUCCGGCCAAGUUUCCAACCCGUGACGUGUGCGACUUUAUGUCCAACUUUUACGAAGGCUACAAUGAGCACGUCGAGGAUAUAAUCAACAUGCCAAAAAGGGGCGAAUGUCCCAUUACUCCCCGCAUGAUCUACGUCGUGAAUAAAAAUUUCCCGGCCAAAGCGGUACCGCACUUUUUUCGCCCAGGUCUGUGGAAGGCUUACAUGAUAAAUAAGAUAAAAAAUGUCGAGGUAUCACGGUUCGAGAUGUUGACAGGGUUCGACGUGUACGGCAGUACGCUUCGUGUACGCAAAUACAAUCGUACCACGAUCGUUCUAAACGGAACCUUUACCUCGAAGAUUGUUCUGGACAACAAAUAUGUGGUUUCGACACAACUCUUCCACAGUCCGCUCGGCAAUCAACAGUUUAACCAUUAUCCGAUGAAGCUGCCAACGCACCAGUUGUGCGAUUUUGUCGAUAUGCUCCAUGAUGAAUACGGUGAAUAUCUGGUCAACGUGUACAACAUGCCGGAACGGGGCUCGGUGAUCAUCCCGAUAGAUAUGGCAGAUAUCAAUGUCACCGAGCAUGUGAUAGUCACUGUUUGA